ACAGGAAGCGGAAAGCGGCGGCAGCAGCGACGGCGGCUGCCGCCGGGGGAAGGCGGUGGGGCACGGCACGGCGGCGGGUCGGUGCCGGGAGCGGCAUGGGGCGGCCGCGGAAGGGAGGUCGAUUGUGAGGAGCCGAGCACCCUCCCUCCCCUCUGGAUUCCUUGUAAGUGAAGCUCGGUCGCUCUCUGAGGACCAGACCUCACUGAUGACUGGGAAGCAAAGAGUACCCAGGAAAGCACUUUUACCACGGACUCCACCUCAGGAGCACCAGGAACUCAUCUUCUAAGUAAAAUCUGUGCCCCUUCUGUGCAGAUCCAAUGUCUGCUGCAAUGGAUACAGAAUCGACAUAUUCGGGAUACUCCCACUACUCAGGUCACUCCAAAAAAACCCACAGACAAGGGAGUCGGGACAGGCACAAAUCGCCGCGAAGCAAAGAUGGCAGUCGGUCUGAGAAGUCUGUCACUAUCCAGACACCUCCUGCAGAGCCGCUGCUUGGGAACGAUGCCUCUCGGGCGGAGGAGGGCCAGGAUGACAAUUGGGGUGAGACCACGACAGCAAUCACAGGCACCUCUGAGCACAGUAUUUCCCAGGAGGACAUUGCCCGGAUCAGUAAGGAUCUGGAGGACAGUGUUGGGUUGGACUGCAAACGUUACCUGGGCUUAACAGUGGCAGCUGUUCUCGGACUCCUCGUCUUCCUUACCCCCAUCGCCUUCAUUCUGUUACCCCAGAUCCUGUGGCGGGAUGAUCUGGAGCCAUGUGGUACUGUCUGUGAGGGACUGUUCAUCUCUGUGGCAUUUAAACUCCUCAUUCUUCUGAUCGGGACCUGGGCUCUGUUUUUCCGUCAGCCUAAAGCAGAUAUACCAAGGGUGUUUGUGUUUCGGGCCCUUCUGUUGGUCCUCAUAUUCCUGUUUGUGUUUUCCUACUGGCUCUUUUACGGCGUUCGCAUCUUGGACUCUAAGGACACCAACUACCAAGGAAUAGUGCAGUACGCAGUGUCUCUGGUGGAUGCUCUGCUCUUCAUUCACUACCUGGCCAUUGUGCUGCUGGAGCUACGGCAGCUGCAGCCCAUGUUCACUGUCAAGGUAGUUCGGUCAACGGACGGAGAGUCACGAUACUACAGCUUGGGGCACCUGAGCAUCCAGCGAGCUGCACUGGUGGUUCUGGAAAAUUACUACAAAGAUUUCACAGUCUACAACCCAGCCUUGUUAACAGCCUCCAAAUCCCGUGCAGCCAAGCACAUGGCUGGCCUGAAAGUCUACAAUGUUGAUGGCCCAGGUAACAAUGCCUCAGGGCAGUCCCGUGCCAUGAUUGCAGCCGCGGCCCGUCGCAGGGACUCCAGUCACAACGAGCUCUACUACGAAGAGGCUGACCACGAGCGCCGAGUGAAAAAACGCCGUGCGAGACUUGUGGUUGCAGUAGAGGAGGCUUUCACUCACAUCAAACGCCUCCAGGCAGAGGAACAGCAGAAAGCUCCAGGAGAGAUGAUGGACCCCCGAGAAGCAGCCCAGGCAAUCUUCCCCUCCAUGGCAAGAGCUCUGCAGAAGUACCUUCGCACCACCCGCCAGCAACAGUACCACAGCAUGGAGAGCAUCUUGCAACACUUGUCCUUCUGCAUCACCAAUAACAUGACACCAAAGGCAUUCCUGGAGCGUUACCUCAACCCGGGCCCAACCCUACAGUACGACAGGGAUCGCUGGUUCUCCAAGCAGUGGACGCUUGUCAGUGAGGAAGCGGUCACAAGCGGGUUACAAGAUGGCGUUGUUUUUGUCCUCAAGUGCUUGGACUUCAGCCUUGUUGUUAAUGUGAAGAAAAUCCCCUUCAUCAAACUCUCGGAAGAGUUCAUAGACCCUAAAUCUCAUAAAUUUGUCCUCCGCUUACAGUCUGAAACUUCAGUCUAAGGGAUUUUGAGGGUGGGUUGUUUGGGGAUUAUUUUUUUUUUCAAUAUUGUGCUUUUGGGUUUAAUUUCCCCAACGCUGACUGAAACUGGCAGAUGAUGGACCAGUAAUAUUUGACCAUCUGCACUUUAUUUGGAAAGGGGAGGGGGGAGUUGGGAUAUCUUAUCUAGAAAGAAAUAUCUUAAGAGGCAACAGGGUGACUUGGCUCGGUUAGCUCAGCCUUGGAGACAGAACAGAUUUUUUUUCUUUCCCUCCCCUCUUCCAGGCAUACUGUAAAUUUCACGCGCUCUCUUUCUCCGCACAAUUGUAAAGUUGGUAUUUUUGUUGGAGUGCUACACCAUGCGUGUGCCUGUGCUUUUGUGUGUCUGCUUUUGCUACCUGUAGCUGUUUCUGAGAGCGAGUUGCUCACCUCGCCACUAUAGAAACCUGUUUGCGCAGGGGGAUUUGCAGUCCCCGUUCACUCGGGGAGGAGAGGGUAUCAAAGGGUGGGUGCGAGAGGGCUACUUCUGUGAGCCACCUAAUCUGGAGACUGAAGAGUUUUACUUUUCCUCCUCUCCAUGUGCCCUCUUCUGUCAGUGCUGGACCCGUACGAGCAUAGUAGGAUGGUUUUGGUCUCUCUGUCUCUGAAGUUGCUUGUCUUGAACUGGAUCAGCCCAUCUUGUAGCUCUUCAAUUUUUUUAUUUUUUACCAGUGCUUGUUAGUGAAACUGUUCUGCGUGGCACAGCUCACUGUUAUCUCUCACCUGCUUCCCUCUCCCCUGCUUGCCUGCAUCUGUCUCGGGCACUCCCACGGCUCCGUGUUUCUGUCCCUUUCUGUCUGGCUUUCCGAAUGCAUUUCUCCAGCCACGGUCCCCUCGGGGUCUGCCUUACCAACACUUCCUUUUGCACCUGCAAGGGCUGCGUAUUUGCACUGGGACGGGGCAAGUAAGUAGCUGGCUCCUCCUCAGAUAAAUCAUGGACCCUUCUUAUGUCUGACAGCCCCUUUGAGGGGAAGGGGGGUGCAGGCAGGAAUGUGCUCCUCCCUCUCCAGCCAGCUUCCAAGUGCAUUUAGAGGAAAUAUGGGCAAAAGCACUUCCCUCUUUGAGGAGAGGAGCCAGGGAAGGGCUGACCUCUGCCACGUGCACUGGCUUUGGAGAACUGCUGUGCUCUGGAAACACUGCAGUGUGUCCUUCCCCACCGUACGCCUUCAGCUAUAGCUAAGAAAUACCAAACUAUGUCUGAAUGUUGAAAAUCUGCCUGCCUUUCUUGGCCUUUCUGUACUGCAGGAGUUCCUGCUUGAUGCCGGGAUCAGCUCCCGCAAGAGAUGCGUAGCUCUUAAAUUGCAGUUUGGUUUGUAAAGCUGCCUUUCCCCAUCAGUGCAGCUCUUGUGUGUGACUUUUGUUGUCUGGAGAUUUGCGGAGUUUUGAAAGGUUUGCUUUUAACGAUGAGCCUAAACCAGUGUCUGAGGCCUGAUUGCCAGCACAGGGCAUCGCGUGACUCUGGAGCCAGCUCCAAGGCUGGCAGUGACCUGCCUUCAAUCAGGUCCCUCAGAGACACCCCCCCCACCUCCCUGCUCUGUGGUGGUGGAUUUGUGUGUGUGAAUGCAAACGCUCGAUUCAUUCUGCCCAGUCUUCUGCCAUGCAAAUAUCUCGUCAGGCGGGAGCUGACUUGCACUCCGUACGGAUGUCUUAACACAGAGGGCCCCAGUUCAGCAGGGUACGUACGCCAGUGCCUUUCACUGCCAGGGUGCGUCGUCUUCUGAGGGGGCCUGUGACAGCCUGGCCCCUUUGGCCUUCCCCAGGCCGUCCCUGGGUUCCUUCACCAGCUCGUGGGGCUGCCCCCCACUCCCCCCAGCGCGAGGUGGCCCAGCUAAGACGAGGGAGUGGGUCUGUGCUGGUCCUGCACGGCAUAGCUGGUGUGGACUGGACGGGUGCCCACCACAGGCUGGUGGGAGGGAGCAGCCGCCUUAAUCAGCAGGGUCCAGCCUCUUCCAGCUUCAGCAGCAAUGGAGCUGCCCAUUCAACAGCACCUGCGAAUAGUCCUCUUGGGAUCAAGGGAGCACCCUGAUGAGGGAUGGGGAAUCACCACUUUGGACCCUCAAAGUGACACCUGCAGCCUCCUGCACCUUUCUUACAAGAGGAUGGUGGUCACCUGGAUGCUGUCUUCUCCGUGUAAUGUGCCAGACAUGGCGGUGAAGAAACUAGAUGGCACGGUACACGAUGGGAUUAGGCUCGUGUCCCUUAAAGGAUGGGAAGUAGGUAGAGUUUUCCAUUCUUUCUCUAAACUUAGUUUUUGGGUUUCUUUCUAGGUCAGGCUUUCUGGUAGUCUGUACGGGAACUUUGACUGUGGCCUUCGCAGUGUUUUAUUUUGAAAAAGUAGAUUAUUUCCUCCUUAAAAAAAAGGAAGGGGGGAGCAUAUGGUAUCUCACACAUGGCUCUCCUAAAGACGCGUGUAUCUGCCUCUUAUGAGGUGCAUAACCAGUGAGGUGGGAGAGACUGGGAGUAGCUUGGGAGACUAUGGAGCACUUACACCUGUGUGGAGGCUACUGCCUGUGGCUGAAUUGGCUUGUUUCUGUGAAGCCAGAACAAGACCCACCUUGCCAGGGGCUUGGGUGUGCCAUGUGUGUGAGAGCACCUUCUCUCGGGCACCUCUGCAAAACUUUCUUUCUUUUCCCAGGAUUUCCUUCCCCUUUUCCCUCCCCCUGUGAGGGGGGGUUGUCUGACAGUAUCUGCUCAGGAAACUCAUGUCUUAAUUACGUUAAAUCCUUGAACACAUGGAGAACCAGACGGAAGCAGCGUGCGCUCGUUCUGGGUCUGCUGCCUCAUCUGUGUGCUGUGGUUCAGCGCUGCCUUUUCUGCCUGCUGCCGAAAAGGACACUGUUAACGGGGGCCAACUCCUGCCUUGAACGCUCUUCCCUGCGUCAGCAGCGCGAGUGUUUUGCCCGAUGAAAUCUGAAGGAGAGGACUUGGCCUCUCACACGGUCACUUUAGAGAUGCUUGGGGUGAGAGCAGAUUAUAAGGGGGAUUGCGACUCCGGAGUAUUCCCUCCUGCUGGUUUUUUUUUAAUGACAUUCUGUUUUUCAGGGUCUCUCAUUUUCCCCUCUCUGUGUAAAAUCAGGGGACCACUGUCAUACCUACCUCACUGGGGUGUUGUGAGGCUAAACUCAACUUGUCAUCAAGUGCUUUGAGAUCCACAGAUGGAUCUGUGGCAUCUAUAGGAAUUCAGAUUCUUUAUAAAAGUACUGAGCGGUGGGAGCAGACUGGUUUGUUUAACUCUGUUUAUAGCCAGCUAAUGAGUAAGAAUCGAGUCACAGGGAAUGAAGCUCUGAUCCAAAUCCUGCAGUCCUUACUACUGCAGAGCUUGCCAAGAGCUGAGCAUAAAUAAAGCUUGUAGAGUUUGCUAGCCAAGCACAGGCUGUUUUCCUCCAAAUGCCUCUCCUAUCCUGCAUUGUCUCCUUACACAUUUUCUCCCUCCUCUCUCCCAGCCUGAAUGCUUGUAGCUGGCUGGGAGUUGGUUUUCUUUAGAAUUCUAAGUGGUUUAUAAGACAACUCUGUGGUGAAGCGGACAAUGUUCCUUGCACUGGACAUCCUUCACUAAAGGCUGAACCAUUUGAUAGGGUGCUGUGUUGCUUAGCCAGGAGUGGUCUUGCCCCACUCCUCUUCCACGUUGGUGUUUUUCCUGUGACUCUCAAGUAUGCUGCUUGGAUACUUUAAAGGCUUUGGUUUUGGUUUUUUUUUUUUUGCUCUUGGAUUUGUUACAGCCUAAAUCCAAAGCCAUGCUGAGAUCUUCCCAAAACCAGAUGCUGUUCCAGAGCAGAUGGAAAUGGCUGUGGGUUUCCACGAAGGCUGGUUUUCUCUUUCAUGGCUAGAGAGUGAAAGAUUCAGAUUUAUUGCAGCUUUGAGGAGUGAUGGGGCAGAUAUUAGACCCUUAAUACCUUGCCACUCCUGUAAUUAGGCUCAGGCAAAGGUUGUCAGCACAUCUCUUAGCCUCUUGUUGCCAUGUGGCUGCAGCCAUCCUUGUAUAGGCUCUGUGGGGCUGCCCCAGGUCUCAGACUCCCUUCCCGCUCACGGGAGCAGAGCAGGCAGCACUCAGAGGCAUAAACAUUUUAUCACUCCUGUCCAUAGCGUUACCAGUCCCUGACCAAGCCCCAGUGGUCAGCUUGGGGGGCUGAGGGGGCUGCUUGCAACUACCAGUUUUCACCCUGGGGAGGGGAGACGUUGCCACCCACCCAUGCCUGUAGGCAGCAGGGUAGCUGGGGUGCAAUGCACCGUGCAUGGAAGGGUGGUGUGAUGCAGCUUGCUUGCAGAGCAAGGUCAGCUCCUGCUUCUGGGGUUGUCCUGGGUGCCUUCAAGAACAAUCCCCCCUGAAGGGGAAUAUUGGAGAGAAAGGCAGAUCUCAUUUCAGCCUCUGCCGGUUAUUUCUCUGACUUCUGCCUUUAAAAAUUUUCUUGCCAGCAAAUUCAGUCACUCCACCUCCAGCUCCCAUCUUCCCCUCCCUGUGUUUUUCCCAAAGUUCCCUAGUGAGGCAGAACAAGUAUCCACUGGGAUGGGAGGUGCUGGGGCUGCAGCUCAGAGCUUGGGGGCAGCUUGUGAUAAGGUGCAAUUUUGGGGGAGGUCUGAACAAAUCCCAGCCCUUACGGAGCCUCUUAACCUUCUCCUUUGGGACGGGGAUCUCCACGCAAAGCCUCGGGAAUCAGCUGUUGCCAAGCAUGCCAAAAGCUGCGGGGAAGCAGUUUCUGAAGCUUGCAUAACUAGCUUUUAAAAGUCUUGUUUGAGAUGUGCUCGUUUCCACCACUUGCUGCUGAAGAAACUGGAAAGAUCCAUACUGUGCUAAAUGUGGAAACCUAGUCAAGCCAAUUUCAUCUUGCUUACCAAAACUUGUAAAUCUGCCCUUUUCAAAGGUAAAACAAAAGAUUUGCAGUUUUUUGCAAAAAUGUUGUAUUCUGGUCCCAGACUCUGCUAUUCAGAUGUGCUCAGUUCUGCCCUGCCGUAUGAGCUGUUCACGAGAUGUGUGCGCAGAUGUCUGCUUUCUCAUUCAGCUUGUGUGUCUGUGUGCUUUUUCCCUUACAGGCGUGUGCAUUAUAAUGUCUAAAGCCUCAAGCAGGGCUUGGUGGUUCAAUGUUUAAACUGUGUUAAGAAGGAAGCGUUCUUGGGAUUGAGCUGUGGGGUUUUUUGUGUUGUUUUGUGUGUUUUGGGUUUUUGUUUUGGGGGGUUUUUGUUUGUUUGUUUUGUUUUUUAAUUAAAACCCAAAAAAACCCCCGAAUUUCUGUUCUCCUAAAAGAGAUGGCUUUGGGCCAUGAAGUCUGCUACAGGAAUAUGUGUCCUCCUGUGGUGAGGCUGCUGCCUCCGAUAGAUGAUGACCAAAAGUUGCCGUUUCCGACAGCUGCUCUGUGACCAGUGCGGAUUGCUUUGGGAUACUCCUGAGCCCGGGUCCCCGCAGCACCAGCGGUACAGCUGGUGUUAUCUGCCUCUCUGCAUCCCUCCAAGAGACUGCUUUUUUGGUUUUUUUUAUCCCUGUAACAUACUGAAGCCCUGGGGGCAGCAGGCAGCCAGCCCUGCCCCAUGUGUGCUCUGCCCAGAGAGGGAAUCCUUCCCUCUGGCUGCUUCCCGCACCUCUCACCAGCGCUAAGGAUGCUCGGGGGUAUCCCCUGCGUGCACAGGGGGAGAUGCUGUGGCUCGCUACCUGCACAGAUGUAACUGUGAAGGAAUCUUACACUCUUCUGUGCCUGUUUCUUUGAUUCAGCAUUAUCGUGUCUUGGGGAAGGGGGCGGGAGCGAACGCCCUUCCCUCACCCUCUUUUGAUCACUGUGUAAUACUCUUUUUCUACACAAACUGUGUAUAGUAAGAUGGAUUUUGCCAAGGUUUUCUAAUUAAUAGACACUAACCAGCAUUUAUUUCCUUUUUUUUUCCUUCUCUUUGCACAUGUGACUUUAACUGCAAUGGUACAUGGUCUUUCUGUUCUUUUCUAAUCGUGAACUUAAGUAAGCAAAUUCCUGGUGUCUGUGACAUUAAUGCACUGUGGGUCUAGCCUAGUAAAUUGUUCUGUUCCAAGCUGGGUUCUCUUAAGUUAUAGCUGGAUGGGGUUUUGUUGUUUUUAAACUGAAACAUAAAACCGUUUUACACUUUGCAUAUUUUGUACAGUAAAAUUCUGGAAAUAAACUGAAACCAGAUU